AUGGGAAAUCCUGAAGAGUGGGUUGAGAUCCUCAAGCAGUGCAAGUACCUGCCUGAGCAGGACCUCAAGGAGCUGUGCGAGAUGGUGAAGGAGCUCCUUCUCGAGGAGUCCAACGUCCAGCCUGUUGCGGCUCCCGUCACCAUCUGCGGUGACAUCCACGGUCAGUUCUACGACUUGCUGGAGCUCUUCAGGAUUGGUGGUGAGAUCCCCCAGACCAACUACAUUUUCAUGGGUGACUUCGUCGAUCGUGGCUACUACAGUCUCGAGACGUUCACCCUCCUGCUUGCCCUGAAGGCGAGGUGGCCCGACAAGAUCACGCUGCUCAGGGGCAACCACGAAAGCAGGCAGAUCACCCAAGUGUACGGCUUCUACGAUGAGUGCCAGCAGAAGUACGGCAACGCCAACGCCUGGAAAUAUUGCACACAAGUCUUCGACUACCUCACCCUCGCCGCUCUCGUUGACGGCAAGGUUCUCUGUGUCCACGGAGGCCUCUCGCCUGACAUCCGCACCAUCGAUCAGAUCCGAACCAUCCCCAGAAACCAGGAGAUUCCUCAUGAGGGCGCCUUCUGCGAUUUGAUGUGGUCGGAUCCCGAGGAAAUUGAGACUUGGCAGAUCAGCCCGCGAGGAGCCGGUUGGCUCUUCGGCUCCAAGGUCACAGAGGAGUUCACGCGAGUCAACGGCCUGGAGCUCAUUUGCCGAGCUCACCAGCUCGUGCAGGAGGGCUACAAGUACAUGUUCCCGAAGAAGAACCUCGUCACCGUGUGGUCUGCCCCCAACUACUGCUACCGGUGCGGAAACGUCGCCUCCAUCCUCGAGCUCGACGAAAAUCUCAACCGCGACUUCAAGAUUUUCAACGCCGUCCCCGAUAACGAGCGCAUGGUGCCCGCUCGCACCACCAUGUCCUACUUUGUGUAA